AUGACCGAUGUCAUUCGAGACGCCCCGAUCGGGCAACUGAUCCGAUAUGUGACAAGGAACAGAGUACUCCAGUACCCUGAAGAGAAUCCCGAUUUUGUCUGCCCAACCUCUUAUGCACACUCCGAGCCUGAGAAACCGACUACUGUACUCUUCAAUGCCGUCCCAUCACUUUUAUCCGACAACAACUCCAUCAAAGAUGACUUCGAGAAAGAGACCCCCGAGGCUCAGGACGACCUCCACCUUACGAGAACAGAAACUGAUCACAGCUAUCGAGGAUUAAGCAAGACUAACACCAACAGAUCUGCUUUAUCGCAUGUAGGGUCUCGCAUUGCUCUCGAACAAUCAAAGACCCGAGCAGAUCUCGAGGAAGCCUUUGCAGCUGCUUCAGAACCAUCGCCUUGGCCUGAGCCGAUUGUCCCUGUUCGUACCUCAGAUGGUAUCAUUCUUGUGGACUGGUAUACUACAGACGACAAGGCAAAUCCUCAGAAUUGGUCUAGGACGAAGAAAGGCUUAGUGACACUGCUCAUUUGUAUUUAUACUACGGCAGUCUACACAGGCUCUGCGAUAUACACACCUUCAGCUGAAGGCGUCAUGGAACGAUUUGGCGUGUCAGCAACCGCGGCAGCCCUCGGUAUCUCUCUCUUUGUCCUGGCAUAUGGUCUUGGUCCUCUGAUCUUCUCUCCUCUGUCGGAGAUUCCCAAAAUUGGCAGAAACCCUCCUUACAUCAUCACCUUCGCCAUCUUCACCAUCUUAUGCGUGCCAACAGCUUUGGCAGACAACUUUGCUGGCUUGAUGGUGCUGCGAUUCUUGCAAGGCUUCUUCGGAUCUCCCAUUCUUGCUACUGGUGGUGCUAGUCUGCAAGACAUGUUCUCGUUGAUCAAGUUACCUUACAUCCUCUGUUGUUGGGCGGCAGCAGCUUGUGUCGGUCCUGCUCUUGGACCCAUCAUUUCUGGCUUCAGCGUUGCGGCUGAGAACUGGAGAUGGUCUCUUUGGGAGAUGCUGUGGCUUGCUGCACCCGUCUGGCUCGCACUCUUCCUUUUCCUGCCCGAGACUUACCCAGAGACCAUUCUCUUGCGUCGUGCGCAGAGACUUAGAAAACUUACUGGUAAUCAGAACUUGAAGGCGCAGUCUGAAAUCAAUCAAGCUCAGCGAAGCUUCAAGGAUCUGGUUGUCGAAGCUUUAUGGCGACCUCUCCAGUUGAUCGCACUAGAUCCAGCUAUUGCCUACGCAGACAUCUACAUCGCCCUCUGCUACGCAAUCUUCUACUCCUUCUUCGAAGUCUUCCCCUUAGUCUACAUCGACCGCUACGGUUUCAACGUCGGACAAAUGGGACUGGUGUUCCUCUCCAUCGCUGUCGGCGUCGUUAUCGCCAUAGCAGCAUACUACGCUUACCUCUACUACAUUGUCGAGCCCGAGAUUCUCGCUCACGGCCUGGGAAGUCCUGAACGCCGCCUGAUCCCAGCCCUCUUCAGCAGUUUCCUCGUCCCCAUUGGUCUGUUCAUCUUUGCAUGGACAGGAAACGGGCAUAUCCAUUGGAUCGUCAGUUGUAUCGGUAUCGUCAUCAACAUCAUCGGCGUCUUCAUCUUGUUCCAAUGUGUGUUUGUUUACUUGCCGAUGGUGUAUCCUGCAUAUGCGGGAAGCCUGUUUGCUGGCAACGAUACCGCGAGGUCUACUUUGGCGGCUGCGGCGAUUUUGUUCUCGAGGCCUAUGUUUAAGGGGUUAGGGGUUGGGGGUGGUGUGAGUUUGCUUGCUGGACUGACGACGUUGUGUAUUGGAGGUAUUUUUGUGCUUUUCUUUUACGGUGAGAAGUUGAGGGCGAAGAGUCGGUUUGCUGCUAAGUGA